CUCUGGCCCGGGUAUAAAAGGCAAACUUGCCGGGCGGCGUCUCUGUCUUGCUUGCCGCUGCUUCUGGACUGUCAACAUCGCUGUCAUGAAGGUCGCCAUCUUGUUCGCCAUGGUCGCUGCCGCCUCAGCAGGCGCAUCUCCUUUCUUCUACUCCUCGAACUUCGGUUUCCCAAUUUCAGGCCAAAUCCCCGUGGCAGGCGUGAUCCCCACUACCUACUCGGUUCAGAGCUCCGUCGUUCACACCCCACAAGUUUUCAUCCCAAGCACAUUCUACCACGCAGCUCAGCCAGUGAGUUUCAGCUCACCUAUCGUCUACUCUAGCGGCGUCGCGACCAACCAGGUGUUUGAGCCUGAGUUCAGUGAUGUUAAGCCGACAUUCAACGCCGUCCAGACUACGUUCGUUCAGCCUCAGGUCUUCGACUCCAAAGUGGUUCCUCAGACCUACAGUGCAGCAGGCCUCCCCUCAGGAUACGUGGCCAAGAACCUUGGUGUCACCCACGAGGCUCCUCUCCCCGAAGGGCUUGGCUACGCCUCCUACCAUAUCAACGUCAGACCCGCGCCUGGCACUGAAUAAUUAAGCUGGACGCCAUGGUGUUCGUGGCAUUAACUUCGAUGUUUAUUAUUUGAAAAUAAUUUGUUUCAAAAUCGUUUAAAUUGUUGUUUUUUGUUAUCAAAUGAACCAUUAUUUGUUUACCCAGAACAGCGAAAAAGAAAACGGUAAAAAUAAA